AUGGGGUGCCGUUCGUGUCUCUUGAAACGGCCUAUCACUACGAAGAGGGAGAUAGAAGUGAUCGAGCGUAUUCGGUCAAGAAAACCGAAGGAGGGUCAUGUGCACAAGGGUCUGCUAGACUACAAGAACCUGUACAAAUCUGGUCUGAUAAGCGAGACGGAGUACCUCCAAAGGAGGGAGGAAGAAGAGGAAGAGAGGCAGAGGCAAAUGGCAGAAGGGAGAGCAAUGUUAGACGCAAUGAGGAGGAGGCUGGAGUCGCGGUCCCCUUAG